CUCUCUCUCUCUGUCUUUCUGUCAGGCAUGGACAUCUCUCCCAUCGACCUGAUAAACAUCGAGCGUUUCUCCAGUCGAGUCGUGUCUCUGGCCUCGUACCGACUCGAGCUGCAGGAGUACCUCAGGUCCAAAAUGGGGCAGGUGGCUCCCAACCUGGCGGCGCUCAUCGGGGACGUGGUCGGAGCUCGUCUCAUCUCUCACGCCGGGAGUCUCACAAAUUUGGCCAAAUACCCGGCGUCCACGGUGCAGAUCCUGGGCGCGGAGAAAGCCCUGUUCAGGGCCCUGAAGACCAGAGGAAACACGCCCAAAUAUGGUCUGAUCUUCCACUCCACGUUCAUCGGACGCGCCGCCGCCAAAAACAAAGGUCGAAUCUCCCGUUACCUCGCCAACAAGUGCACCAUCGCCUCCAGGAUCGACUGCUUCUCCGAGGUGCCGACGAGCGUGUUUGGAGAUAAACUCCGCGAGCAGGUGGAGGAGAGACUGUCCUUCUACGAGACCGGAGACAUGCCCCGGAAGAACGUGGAUGUGAUGAAGGAGGCUGUGCAGGAGGCCGGAGAGGUGGCUGCGGAAAUCAAACGCAAACUGGAGAAAAAGGAAAAGAAGCGAAAGAAGAAAGAAAAGAAACUCCAGGAACUUCAAGAGAACGGCACAAACGGAGAAGCAGAGCAUGAGAAUGGAGAGACUGAGCCUGAGGUGAAGAAGAAAAAGAAGAAAAAGCCUAAACCUGAUGCCCCGCAGGAGGAGGAGGAGGAGGAGGAAGCGGCGGCGGCGGCGGAGGCGGAGGAGGAGGAGAACGGAGCAGCCCAAGAAACUCCAGCCAAAAAGAAAAAGAAACGCAAGUCUGAGGCGCAGGAGGGCGGCGGCGGCGAGCAGGAGCCCGAGGAGCCGAGCGCCGAGACGCCGGCCAAGAAGAAGAAGAAGAAAAAGGAGGCGGAGUGAACGGGGGGCGGGGCCAGGAGAGGAAGGAGGCGGAGUAAAGACUCAUUUUUAUUUAGUUAUUUUCUUAAACUCUGAAAUGUGUUUUAGUUUAAACUCUGCUCGAUGAUGUGCCUUUAUAAAUGUUCCUGUAAAUACGACAUUAAAACAAAAUGACACAAA